AGAUUUUAAGUUCUCUAGUAAAGCUAAAAAAUAUUUUCGGCUGUUGCGUUGAUAAAAUUAUAAAAAGUAUAUUUGGAUUUGAAUAUAUCAGCAAAUAACAACAUUCUAGAUAUUUUAUAUGCAAAUGUCUUCCAGCGAUACUUCUGAUUUGUCGGAUUGCAAUCCACUAUGGAGAGCUUAUAUACCCAUAGCAAUACGCAAUCGAUGUUAUGACAGUAUAAAUACAUUUAACGCUGCAUUCUCACCAGAGACUCCUUUGGUUGUGCGCGAAGUCCGACCAUACCGCGAAACGGGCAUCAUCUACAGUCUUAUGCAUUCUUACGGAUUUAUACAAUGUUGUGAACGUCAGGCACGUUUAUUUUUCCACUUUUCUCAAUUCGGUGGUGACAUAAAUAAAUUAAUUACUGGUGAUCCUGUGGAGUUUGAUGCGACUUUUGAUCGCGUCAAUGGACGGUUGAUUGCUUGUCAAGUUUUCAAGAUACGCCCAGGAGACAUACGUGUAACUGGCACUGUGGCUUCUGAAUUGCCAAAUGAGUUAUCGAAUCUACCAUUGUGUGCUGAACAGACCGGUAGAAUUAAUUACGAAGCCCGUGGUGAAUGUUUCUUUAUACCGUUUAGUAGACACGAAGUGGAGGCAUAUUCACGUUUACGUAUCGGUGAUAAAGUCAGUUUCCAGAUUGUUGAAAGCCCAAAUGGUAACUAUAAUGCUAUAAAUGUGAGAUUGAAACAAUUUUUCCAGCAUAACACGUACUAUGGAGUUGUCACCUUCAUGAAGAACUCAUUUGGCUUCAUUGAUUGCGCAGAUUUUGCUAAAAAGAUUUUCUUUCAUUAUUCUGAAAUUGUAGGUAAUGUCGAAAUUUAUCCUGGUACUUGGGUUCAUUUUAAUUUAGAAAUACGAAAUGGUCGUGAAAGUGCCUGUAACAUCAUUAAAAUUUAACAAUUUGGUCAAGAUUUGCUAACUGAAAAAAUUAUAAACCUUAAAAUAAAGUUUUAU